AUGGAGACGUUAAGCGAUUAUGGAACCCCAACCGAUUCGCAAUCGCUCAAAAAGAAUCUUAAGCAUAUUUCACUUCUGUCAAUCUGGAUUGUCACAGGAAUUGCUUGCGGAAGCAUGUUCAACAAAACUCUUUGGACUUCCAGUUUCACUCAUACGAUACGUCCGCGUGCGAUACAGCAGAAGGAAGAAAAGAGUUUGAAUGAUCGGCUUUCUAGGAUUGCUACACGGAACUUGUUCUCAUGGACGCUGUUCAUCGAUGGAAUUCGAACAGAAGAAAAACCACUAUGGAAACAUGACUGGUUGGAAGAUUUGAUUGAAAGGGAUCUUAGUGUUGAAUCGAGUGAAUCCAGCUCAUCUGCGACGGAAGGCGAAGCAAAACACCAGACCACUGAGUAUAUUGAAAAGUGGCUAGAAGAUGCCUGUAUACGAAGCCAACCUGUUUAUCAUAGCCAGAUUCGUCAACAUACACUAGAUGGCGCGACCGAAAUUCGGAGGGUUGUGGAGGUAGCAAUUCCAUAA